GUUUAAAAUGGAAUGUAAAUAUAUACGAUACGUAGUUACUACCUGUGUAUUUCUAUCUCUUUUGGGUUCUCUAUAAAAGUAAACUAUCUAUAAAUGUAAACUGAAAACUGAAAAACAGCAUCAAUAACAAAAGAAGAAGAAGAGAUGAAAUUACUCUUAGCAGCGUUUAUCCUCUUCGUCGCUUUAUUGAGUCGAUUAAAUGUUGUACCUAAUGGAAAGAUCGGUGAAAAAGAAGUGGUUGUUUCACUGUCUGCAAAUGAAUGUUAUCGCCAUAUAACAGAUACUCAAGCAUAUUCACGUUGGAUGCCUUCAGUUUUAUCAACAGAAACAGAAAUGAAACCAUUUAUUGCCAGUAUCGGUGAAGAAUUCGUCUUAGUAGUCGACUAUGGAUAUUUGGGAACUAUGUCAUAUGUCGGACACAUUUUAUCCGCUGAAACAAACAGUCGAUUCACCUUUAUACUUGACGAUUGGCUAGAGACCAAGUUCGAUUUCACUAUAAUACCUAUGGAUAAAGAAAAAUCGAGAAUGAAAUUAACUGUACAUUCGAAUAAGAACAAUUUAUUGUAUAACCAUAUAAUUCUUCCCAUUGCUCAAUUAUACUACUCAAAUUGGCUAACACAUUGUUUAUUACACUUUCAAUUAACAUAUUCAUAAUUCGCAGAAAAGUGGGUCUGUUGUUGAAAAUAUUGAAAUCUAAGGUCAACCAAAUGAAACCUUGUGUGAUUAACCUCGGAACAAUAAUCCUUUUUCCAAAAAAACAACAAAAAAAAACAAAUCAAUCAAGUGCCUGUUUAUAAACUUACAACAUAUUUUACGUGUUCCGUAAGACUUUCAAUUGAUUGUAAAAGUGUUUAUGCACACACACACACACACACACUAAAACAUCGGACACUUUAUUUCUGUGCUGUGAAAACUUGUUUAUUUAAUAAUUUAAUUAUGUGUAAAAAUGAAUAUCACGGAUAGUUGUAAAGCC